UGGUUGUGGUUUGGGCUGCGACUGCGGAGAAAAUUUUGGGCGAAGAGAUGGUCUAUUUUUAGACUGCAGCGUUUUACAAAGACAAAAAUAAGGAGUGAAAUAGGUCUAUCCUCCAAAACCGCUCAACGACAACGUUCGGCGAUCCCGAGCUUCUCCUCGUGUGUGAAAAUCCGUCUCUGGUGUCAGGUGAUAGAUAGAUAGAUCGAUCGAUCGAACGAUCUUGUAUUUGGGGAAAAAGAAGGUAGAAAGAUGGGAGUUAAACAGGCGAUAAAGAGACUGGAUGCGUUUCCUCGCGCAGAAGAGCAUUUGUUGCAAAAAACACAAUCCGGAGCUCUUGUUUCCAUAAUCGGUCUUGUCAUAAUGGCUACAUUAUUCUUGCACGAGCUUACAUAUUAUCUCACCACAUAUACGGUUCAUCAGAUGUCUGUCGACUUGAAACGUGGAGAAACUCUUCCAAUUCACAUAAAUAUGACUUUUCCUUCAUUACCUUGUGAUGUCUUGAGUGUGGAUGCAAUUGACAUGUCAGGCAAGCAUGAAGUAGAUCUUGAUACAAACAUAUGGAAACUUCGUCUGAACAGUUAUGGUCAUAUCAUUGGCACUGAAUAUAUUUCGGACCUUGUAGAAAAGGAACAUACUGCUCACAAACAUGAUGAUGAUAAGAAUCACCAUGAGGAGUCUGAGACAAAACUUGAUGCUCAAGGCUUUGAUCAAGAAGCUGAAAAAAUGAUCAAUAAGGUUAGACAGGCAUUAGCAAAUGGUGAAGGAUGCAGGGUUUAUGGUGUUCUAGAUGUCCAAAGAGUUGCUGGAAACUUUCAUAUUUCAGUUCACGGGCUCAAUAUUUUUGUUGCUCAAAUGAUUUUUGAUGGACCGACGCAUGUCAAUGUAAGUCACAUUAUUCAUGAUUUGUCGUUUGGCCCAAAGUAUCCUGGACUUCACAACCCUCUUGAUGGGACAACACGGAUUCUGCAUGAUGCAAGUGGAACAUUCAAAUAUUACAUUAAGAUUGUUCCAACUGAAUAUAGAUAUAUAUCUAAAGAAGUUCUGCCCACCAAUCAAUUCUCUGUUACCGAGUACUUUUCCCCAAUGGAUGGAUUUGAUAGGACGUGGCCAGCUGUCUACUUCUUGUACGAUUUGUCACCCAUCACUGUGACAAUCAAAGAGGAGAGGCGUAGUUUUCUCCAUUUUAUCACUCGGCUUUGUGCAGUUUUAGGUGGUACAUUUGCUUUAACAGGAAUGUUAGAUAGAUGGAUGUAUAGACUUCUUGAAGUGCUAACUAAACAAAACACUAGAUUCUGAUAGAGGUGGGAACUAUAGAGUUGUGUUUAACUUGCAUGAAGACGUCCAAGAAGUCGUGGGCAUAUCUUAUGAAGUUCAAAUCUCAAGUUUUGGCGAUUGAUGUUGGUUUUAAAUUAUAUAAGCUUUAUGUUUAGAGCAUCUUUUGUGUUAUCUACAUUCUAAUUUGAUCACUAACACUUGACAACUCAUAAUCAAUCACUAUUACCAUUUCUGUAAGGUCAUGUUAGCAUUGUAGAUUUUUUGGUGGAAAUUCAAAGGUUGUAUGAAUGGAUGUUGUAAAUGUGUAACUUUUUUACGGAGCAACAAUCUUGAUUGUUUCAUGAACUUUGGAUCUGA